GAGCCAACAACAGAGAAUAAGAAAAUGUGCCUGUGUUCAAAUCAUCCGAGACGUGUUAACAAUAUUUAAUUGAAAGUUUCGAAUACACUAAAGUAAAAUUUGAAGUAGAAAGAAAAAAAAACAACAAAAAAAAAAAUAUUAUUAAAAAUGCGUCUGGGUGCGACAAUGCCGAAUUUCAAAGCCGAAACCACAAUGGGUAAAAUACGUUUUUUCGAUUGGCAAGGCGAUUCGUGGGUCAUACUGUUCUCACAUCCUUCGGAUUUCACACCCGUCUGUACUACCGAGCUGGCUCGUAUGGCCGUCCGUUUGCCGGAGUUCACAAAACGUAAUGCCAAGUGUUUGGCUCAUUCAGUUGAUGAUUUGCAAUCACAUCAUAAAUGGGUGCAAGAUAUUCAGUCAUAUUGUCAUGAUGUCCCAAAGAGUUUCCCCUAUCCCAUCAUCGCUGAUCCACGCCGUGAUUUAGCUAUACUCUUCGGCAUGCUGGAUGAAGAUCAGAGGCGAGAUCCAGUUAUUGCGCAAACAAUUCGUGCACUCUACAUUAUCAGUCCCGAUCAUAAAGUACGCUUAUCAAUGUUUUAUCCGUUGUCCACCGGUCGAAAUGUUGAUGAAAUUUUACGUUGUCUGGAUUCACUGCAAUUAACAUAUCGGCUAAAAGUUGUAGUCACACCGGUCGACUGGACUCCGGGCGACAGUGUAAUGAUUGAACCCGAUGUGACCGAGGGAGAGGCGAACAAGUUAUUCCCGAAGGGAUACAAGAAAGUGCCACUCCCAUCCGGCAUUGAAUAUGUCAGAACAACGCAAGAUUACUAAAUCUUCAAGUAAAAUAUAAAUAAUAGUUCAUAAAAAAAUAUAUUAAAUUAGUUUAGCAAUUUUCCUCAUUUCGAGCAGAGUUGAUGCCCCUGACAUUCUUUGUAAAACAGUGCUUAUCAUUUCAAAAAUGAUUUUGUGCUUAAUUUUUUAAUUAUUGUUACUUUAAAGUAUAUAAGGAACAAAAAUAAUAUAUUUUAAGUAUAAUUCACUUAAGUUGUUUUAAUUUGAGCGUCGCUAAAUAAAGUAAAUAUGGAUAUAUAAAUAAAUAAAAAAAAUUA